UGGGGUCAGCGGUGCUGGACGGAGGCAGCAGCAGCAGCUCCCGGGGUUCCUCCAGAGGCGGCGGUGGGCCUGGGAUGCCCGGUGGUGGGAGCAGGCAGAGGAGGAGGAGGAGGCAGCUGCGGUGCGGUCCCUCCAUGGCGAGCAGCACUGUGGCAGCACGGCUGCUGGCUUGCACUCUGCCGCAUCCCCUGGGUUAUCACCGCGUCCCGAGGCAUGGCCUUCCCCUUUUCCCUGGUUACAGCGACUGAUAGGGAGCUGGCGGGGACAGCUCGCUCCUUCCCACCAGAGGGGCAGGUGGGGGGAAAAAGCUGCAUGGUCCCUCCUGCCUCUGAGUCAAUGGGGAUAAUUUGGGCUGCUGUGGAGGGGAGCAGGCCAGCCACCUCCUUUUCCACUUCCUGCUCCAUCAUUACAAGAGGUACCCACAACCUUCUCAGUGAAGGGAAGCUGGUGGCCUUUGAGUCUUGCUGAGAAAGGAUCACUGAGCUGCACCUGCAAGUCCUCAGGGCGCAGGUCCUGUCACCAGGAUGGACAUGGCAGCAGAGUGGCAGGGAGGGAGGGCUGCGUGGGUCACUGUCCUCUCCUGGCACAUCAGCCAGCCCCCAUGUGUCCCAGGCAGCUGUGAUGGAACUGGGCCCCUGGAGGUGGCCAUCCUGGAGAUCUUGGCCUCCCUCCCAUACUGCAGUACCGGUGGAGUGGACACCUGGACUGGAUGGAAUCCAAAACCUGCUUUCUCCUCCUUCCCUAGGUGGCUCCAGGGUCUCCUCCACAUCCUCACCUUCCUGCUACCAUCCAGCCCUUGACCACUUCUCAGCAUCAAGAAAAGGUCCCUGAAGUCUGACAGGAAGAUGCCAGGGGCAUUGAACAUCUCUUCUGACAGCCCAGAGCUACGAGCAGCAGGGAUUAUUGUGCCCAUCAUCUUCUCCCUCAUCUUCCUUGUGGGUACUGUGGGAAAUGGGCUGGUGCUGGCUGUGCUGCUGUGGAAUGGCCAAGUCAAGUACUCCACCACCAACCUCUUCAUCCUCAACCUGGCUGUGGCUGACCUGUUCUUCAUCAUCUGCUGUGUCCCUUUCCAGGCCACCAUUUACACCCUGGAUGGGUGGCUCUUUGGGGCCUUUGCCUGCAAGGCUGUGCAUUUCCUGAUCUACCUCACCAUGUAUGCCAGCAGCUUUACCCUGGCUGCUGUCUCUGUUGACAGGUACUUGGCCAUUCGCUAUCCACUGAAGUCCCGGGAUCUCCGCACGUCCCGAAAUGCAGGAGUGGCCAUUGUGGUAAUCUGGUCACUGUCGCUGCUUUUUGCAGGGCCUUACCUCAGUUACUACCAGAUAAUCCAUUACCACGGUGUGCCCAUCUGUGUCCCCGUCUGGGAGGACCAGCGCCGAAAGGUUCUGGACAUCCUGACAUUUGUAUUUGGAUACCUGCUGCCUGUGACCGUGGUGAGCCUGGCAUACACAAGGACCAUCAAGUUCUUGUGGACUUCUGUAGACCCCAUAGAAAGAAUCUCAGAGUCUCGGAAAGCCAAGAGUAAGGUCACCAAGAUGAUUGUCACAGUGGCCAUCCUGUUCUGCCUCUGCUGGCUGCCCCACCAUCUCGUCAUCCUCUGCUUCUGGUUUGGCCACUUUCCCUUCAAUCGGGCCACUUACGCUUUCCGCCUGGCUUCCCACUGCCUUUCCUACACCAACUCCUGUCUCAACCCCAUUGUCUAUGCCCUCAUCUCCAAGCAUUUCCGCAAGCGUUUCAAGCAGGCCUUCACCUGCCUCUUCUUCCAGAACAAGAUCAGGAAAAAGAAAAAGAGAGUUGGAAGGAAAGCUCGUAUGGUCAGUGUGGGAAGAGGUUUUGCCAACAGGGCAGGAGCUUUCUAUGGAGGCAACACUGAGGUGACCCAAGUCCCAGAGGAGAACACCAGGAAGAGGGACCAUGAAGAUGCCAGUUGUGCCAGAGCAGGGACUCGGCAGGUACAAGAUGCCAUAGUCUCUGUUCAGAAGGAGCUACUGGAGGAUGAAAUUUUGGCAACAGCUGGCCAUUCCCUCAAUGUGACCCCUCUAAGAGGAACUGCUGGACAAGACAAAGAAGAAGCCUUAGAAAAGGGCUAGAUGGGAAAGAGAGAAGUCUCCAUUUGCAUCACAUUUUCUGACCACAUCAGAGUGGUUUUGCUUUCCUCCAGGAUCAUCAUGCCCACGCCUUAUCCCCACUGAGAUGGUUUUAUGUUGGCAGUGAGAGAUGAGCUCAUUCAGACCCAUUAAACUGAGUUCAAGUCCCCCAGAACUCCUCAAACGCCUCCUCCAUGAUCCUGUAGCCAUGUCUGAGACCUGCCAUUAUCCCAUCUCAAUAUUCACAGUAAACUUUAAGUGGUUACAACAGCU